UUCAGAAAUCCAUAAUGAAGAAACUAUUCAGACCAAUUGUCAAGGUAGCUCAAAACUACUACGAGAGGACUACACUAACUCAGGUACCAAGAAGCAAGACUGCUAAGAUCAGGAAAUAUGCUAAUGUUGAUAUAAGCAAGAAUUUUGAAAAAUAAGCAAAAGAGAUAUGAAGAAUACAAAACUGAGAUGCUAGGAGAACUGUACAAUCUUAAUGAUAGUCAAAUUCCUGAUUUUGCAAAGUCUAAUUCAUCAGAGCUCUCUCCUUCCAUCUCUCAUCCUAAGGACUUGAUUGAGAUCGGAGAGCCAGAUGACUUAGAAGGAAAAUACUUAAUCUCGGGUGCAAAGAAAUUAUGAGUGCUUGGUGUAAUCAAGUACUACCAAAUUAACCAUAACCUGUUCGAAGACAGUAGACUUCACCCUGAGGAUCAGAAGGAUCUCGAGCGCUUGCAUUACCUAGUCGAGCAUAAUCUCCCCGUUGAUAAACGUCUUCUAUUCGAGCAGGUACCUGAACUAUUUAGGUUUGAAAUAAACCGGCUUCAGUUCGAAGACCGUAUGCUAUAUGAUUUCAGCUCGAAGGGUUAUGUCCGUGCUGACGGUACGGACAUGGAAAUCGAUCGUGAUUACAAUGCAAAACUUGCUCUAGACAAUGACGAUAGUUUCUUUAAUAAAAUAAUGAUCAUGGAACACUACAUCUUGGAGCAACUGGUCGAUAUCCAUAAGUUGUACAGUGAGAAAAUUAGUGACUACUGCUUAAGAAAUGGCUACAAUAAUUACUCAGAUUACUUUGACCAGCUACAGGUCAUAGAUCCUGAAAAGAUGAUGCCCUGGGAAAGAGCCUUUUUAAGUGAACUUGAUGAACUUAAAGGAAUAAAAGAAGAUAUUGAAACUCUCAAAAAGAAGAGAGAACUUGAAGAAGAAUCCAACCACGAAUUAGAAGAUUGGGUAAGAACACCUGAAAUUAGAGCCAAAGCUAUGAAAGAGGUUGCAUAUUAUAAAAAGUUUAAGUCUAUCAACAUUCUGGAUACAGUGAUAAUCCCCUUACCGGAAGCCACAGGACCAUCCUUUGAAGAAAGAUUGAGGCUUGCUACAGGAGGAAAAAUAGAUGACUUCAUUGACAACGAAAGGGCUGAAUUCAAAAAGUUGGCUGACAAAAGAUUGCCACCUAGAGAAAUUGAUAUGCUCAACAAAGAUGAGAGCUUAAUUCAAAAGUUAAACAUUGUUGCACAGGCUUUGGUUGUUGAAAAGCCACCUGAACUCUAUGUCUCAGACGAAGAACUAACCAGAAGUCUUGACAAAGGAAUGUAUGCAGAACUUCCUCAAGACCACAGAAUGCUUACUAACGAGAUUUAUAAAGUCUUGUAUCUUAAUAAUGAAGAUCCAGAGUUAUACAAUGUAAAGUUCUGGGCAACACAUUUUAAGAUAGAUCCUUCGGCGAUCAGAAACAUUUUUAACUAUCUAGCAUAUCCAGUGUUUGAUCCAUUUUCGCACAAACUGGAAAGAAUUUUGUAUUUCAUUGAUGCAGAUUUCGUUAAAAACUCUCACAAGCUUCAGGAUGUCACUCGGAAGGACUACAUGAACUACCUUGAAGAAGAUUACUAUAGAAGACUUGAAAUCGAAGCAAAAGAAAUGGAUGAAGAGCUUGGUACACAGAGAGAUCUCAGAAAGAUGUUCAUUGAGCAUCCUCUGCUUCAUCCGGGAAUAAGUCGCGAAACCCAGCUCAUAGAGUCCAAAACCAAACCCAUUUCUACCAAAAAGAUCGAGAAUUUCACUAAAUUCGAUGACCACAUCAUGGAAGAUCUUGACAAAGAAAUUGAGAAAUACAAGCAACUCCACAAUGAGGAGAACGCUCAAAAGAAAAACCAGAGAGGAUUUACUUAAUAUCUCCUUAACAAACUCCCCAUCUCUAUCCA